AUGGCACAGGCCUUUCCUCAUGAAAAUGGUUGUACUUGUGUUCUAGGGUGGUUGUACAAGGUGCUGGCCCAGAUCAUUCCAGAGGCCAUCUGUUCAAGAUAUGGACUUGCUGUGGGUGCCAAUUUUGGUAGGGCUUGUCCAUAUUCUGAUGAUAAUUUGCUAUCCAAUCGGGAAGGUGACCCCAUGCAGAAAGAAAAAUCGUUUUGUUCUAUCCUGGACUUUCUGCUUGGACAGAAUGAGUCUGCACUUUUCAGGUGGCGUGCACAACUGAAAGCUCUCAUUUCUAUCCAUAGCAAAGAGGUUGGUAAAGGUGGGGAACUGACACAUGAUGAGGCAACAAUUAUUAGUGGUGCACUCCAUUCGACUGAAAAGCUGGGAAGACCUCUUGAGGAGGACUUAGCAAGCGGGGGGCAUCAUUCCUCUUCAACUACUGUUCCUGACCUGAUUCUUCAAGCUUCAGCUGGUGAAGAGGUCACAUUUGUCUUUGCCAAUCAAGUCGGUGGAAAGCUGGUUCCAGUUGAGCCAAUGGAAAGAAAGUCACCCGUUCCAGAGACCAUCCUGAUGACACCCCCUAAUCCUAGUUCUGCACUUUCAUCACAUAAAGGUUGUGCCUUGUCCCAUUUGGUUGAAGACUCGAGCAUAUGUACGUAG